AAAGGAGCUAGGGGGAGGGCAGACGCCACCGAGUGGGGAGUGGGAACGCCAUCGCCCAUCGCCAUGGGGGGAGGAGUCAUGCGCACCGCCGCGAAGGUCGGCAUCGCGGCCGGCGCCACGGCGGCCAAGGGCGGCCGGUUCCGCCACGCCGCGCCGGCCUUCGCCGCGGCCCCCGCGGGCGCCGAGGCCGCGCCGCUGGUCUCCGCCGCGGGCGCCGAGGCGCCCCCCGCGGCGGCGCAGUGGGCGGCGUCCUGGGAGAUGGACGACUGGGAGUUCGCGGACUGGAGGGACGACGCGGCGGCCGUCACGGUGGCGGAGAGGGAGGCGGCCGCGAAGCCCAGGCUGGUCUUCGCGCCGCCGUCGAGGGAGGAGGCCGAGGAGGCCACCACGGAACUCAGGGACGCCAUAGAGAGGUCUUAUUUCAAUGAGUCACCAGUCGAGGUUGUUAAGGAACAGGACAAAGAGCUCAAUAAGCUGACAACGGAUGCAAUAAUUCCUUCUAUGCCUGGACAUGUAGUCCAGGCAUUUACACUGCUGAAAUCAAGCCCCGAGGCUCAGAGUGUUGUCGCCUCCCUUGCAUCAGAUAGAAAUGUCUGGGAUGCCGUAUUGAAGAAUGAGAAGGUUAUGGAAUUUUACAAGACACAUCAGACAAUUCAGACACUCCCUGAGGAAGCCGCCACAGUAGAAUCACCGGAGAAGUUUGAAGACGCGGCCUCUGAAAAUGCACCCACCGGUUCACCUUUCGUGGACUUUGUGGACAACGCGAAGAAGACAGUGAUGGAUGUCGUUGAUAAUAUUACCCACUUCUUCCAGGACUUGUUUGGUCACCCAGCGGAGGCCCAGGCUGGAGCAGGCUCGUCAUCUGAGAAGGGCCCUUCUUUAGCAGAGAUGGCUGUCGGUGGCUCCUUCAUGGCUCUAACCAUAGCGGUCAUCCUAGUUGUUCUGUUCAAGAGGGCAUGAUAGCUCAUGAGGGCCUCUCCUGGGACCUACGGACUUUGAAUCUGUCGAAAAUUACUUGGUCAAGAACUAUGAAUGUAAUGCACAGCUUGUGUCCUUGGUAUCAUCAGUUUGUGGAGACAGUACAAUAAAAGACUAUCUAUGCUAUAACAAGCUUGUGAAAUGUGUGGCUUGAAUGUU